AUGGAGAAUUUCCAGUACAGCAUCCAGCUGAAUGACAGGGACUGGGCAGAGUUUUACUCGGCUUCUGAAGAAUGCAACUUAAUCCCGGCUGCCCUGGCCACGGCGGACGAGCCGGGCUUCAGUGACCUUGAGCAAGGGGACGGCGAGGCCGGCAGCCCCCGCCCAGCCAGGCUGAUCACAGAGAGGGCAGGCAGCACGCCAGCUCCUGGCCCAGGACACCUCCCUCCACAUUGGGUCCCCGGAGAGACCUCCCCUCCCCGGCCUAUGCCUGGGCACCUGGCCCCGGAUGAGGGUCUGUCGGGCAGCGAGGACCAAAUGGAUCUGGGCUCAGGCAGCAGGUUUCUGCGUGAGAGCGACACACCCGGAUCCCCCCAGCAGACUCCGCUGAUGCCCAGCGCCCAGGACAGGAAGCUGCCUUGUUUCUCAGGGGCCAGCUCUGCCAACCCAGCUAGCCAUGCCACGGAGAAGCCUCUCCAGGCCCAGGACAGCCCCCGCAAGGAAGUGGGCCAGGCCACAGAACGUGCAGUGGCCUCCCCGUUUGCCGUACAGGGAGGAGCGGGUCUGGCCGUAGUACCCCACGGUUACCUGCCAGAAGGAGCUCCACAGAAAAGGGAAUUACCAGGGGAGCAUCUACAAGGCAGUCCAGAGAAGACAGAGUCUGAAAGGCCAGUUCAUGCAGCGGAUGUGAGCUCCCCAGCGCUGGCUGCUUCAGGGGGGAUGGAGAGGCCAGCGGGGGAAAAGGCAAACUGGUCUCUCUGCCUAGAGCCUGGGCUGCCAGACCCAAACAGUGACAUUUCCCAGAAUCCAUCUGCAGAGCCCCUGCAGCCACCGUGUUGCAGAAUACCAGGGGAGAGCCGGCCUGCUGGGAAGAAUCCAGGGGAGCGUUUGGGUCUAGGUCCAGCCUUGACUGCUCCGGGCUCCCCUGACGACUCUCCGGAUGUCGUGCAGCCCAGAGGGCCUGUACACCGGGGAGAGAGCCAUGAGCACCAGGGAAUGCCCACAGCCGCGGGGACACUGUCGCACGGGGCUGUGGCACGGGAAUGCUCGACUCCAGCGAUGGGGUUUUUAACCCCCUCUUCUCUACUGCGAGAGAGCAAAGGGGAGGGAAGAGUGGCCAAACCAGCUCUUGGGGGGCUGGAGGGUGAGAAUGAAGCUCAUGCCACCUGCAGCAUGCUCGGGGAUGAGGGGCGAGGGUUGGCACUAGGGGGUCAGGCCGUCAGCGCUCCCAGGAGCAAGGGGGUGAAAGGCCCUGCAGUGCAGCCCUUCCCAGGGGAAGUGAAGACCAGUCGUGCAAGGCCAAAGCAAGCAACUGAUUUAGGGACCCAUGAGAACAUGUCGUUGAAUCAGAGCAGCAAACCCACUCCGUCACAGAGAGAGGAGUGCAAAAGCACCCCUGGGAAACCCCUGCGUUUUGGAAGCACGGUGGCAUUUGGAGGGGAUGCUGAAGAUGGAGCCCAGGGAAGGCAGAGAUCUGGGCUCCUAGGAGGGAUGUUUCAUCAUCAUUCAGCAGCUGAGGACUCUCAGGAGGGGGCCAGACCCACCCUGACCUCGCUGGAGAUGGAUGACUGUUUUUUCUGUGACGCCCAAGAGCAGGAGGGGGAGAUGAAAGCCCUGGGUGGGGUGGAGAAAACACCCAUGUCUCCCUGCGAGAAGGAGCAGGAGGUGCCUGAAAUGUACGGGCCUGAGAUGUACGAAUAUUUCUUUAACGAACCUGAAGGAAGUGGGGGAGGAGGCCACAAAGACACCUUUGUGGAGCCAGACAGGAUCAGCAGCUUGGAGCAAACUUCAUCACCGGGCGAAAGCCAGGAGGACCUGGGGUCAAGCCCAGCUGGAGAGCCCGGCAGUGUUAUCUCCAUCCCCGAGGUUUAUGAACAUUUCUUUACGGAUGGAGUAAGAGGCAGAAAGAGCUGGAGGGGGAUCUUCCUGAGCAUGCCUGCCUUGGAGGCAAGAAAAGCCCUGGUGGCUUUGAAAUCCCUCCUGCAAAAGUCAAUGCACCUGGUCAGACACAAUCCCCACAACCGCGGGGUCCCGGUACCACGAGGUUCCAUAAAGAGGCUCCCCCUUCUCCAGCUGACACCUCAUGGGAGAAUCCAGCUGAAGCCAGAGGAUUUAGGAAUGGCCCCUGCACGAGCAGAAAGGCCCCACCUUCCCCUAGCUCUCACGCAGGAGGACAUGUGCCUCGUCUUUGUUGCCUUUGCCUCCUGGGCCGUGAAGACGUCAGAUCUGCAGGCUCCGGAUGCAUGGAAGACUGUGUUACUGGCAAAUGUCGGCACCCUCUCUGCCAUCCGGUACUUCAGACGGCAGGCCAUAGAAGGACGACACGGAACCUAGACACUCCCACAUGGCCCAGCCAGAGACACGUCCCGUGGGCCUGCGAGGAAGAGUCCAGGAGACGACGCUCACUGCACCUUGCCCUUUGGCAAUAAAAUGACUGUUUGCCAAUGGGUCCAGUGGAGACAUGGUUCUGGAAUCCAGGCUGCAGAAUCCUGGCAAGGAGCAGGGUGCGAGAAAGCAGCACCUUUGCAAUGAAAUCUGACAUGUAAUCUGUUUGUUAUAGGCAUUAUUUGCAUUUUGUUGCACGGGGUGGAAUUAGGCCCAGUGCAUGCUGGUUCGAUUCUGCUCUCUGCCUCUGCCUCAGUCAACAUAGCGACGGCAAUCGGGGGGGUGGGGGGGAAUGAAAAAUCCACGCGCCUGACCGACGUAGCUAUGCCAGAUUAGCCCCAGUGUAGCAACAGCUCAACAGAAGAAUGCUUCAGUCAGCAUAGCUGCCAUCAUUCGGGGAGGUAGCGUUCUGUCAGUGUAGGCUGUCUACACUACAGGGUUAUGCUGGUAUACAGGGGGGCUGGAACAAUUUGUAUAGUGGGGGUGCUGAGAGCCAUUGAACCAAACUGUAAACCCUGGAUAUAAUGGAAACCACUUCAAGCCAGGGGGUGCUGAAGCACCCCACCGGCCUCUAAUUCUAGCACCUAUGCUGGUCUAGUCCCUGUAGUGUAGAGAUUUUCUCUCUCUCCUCUAAGUUCAGCUGUUUCACUUUGCUACGCCUUCUCCUAUGGAUAGCUAGAUAGCUUAGGGUGACCAGACAGCAAGUGUGAAAAAUCGGGACAGGAGGUGGGGGGUAAUUGGAGCCUAUAUAAGAAAAAGACCCAAAAAUCGGGACUGUCCCUAUAAAAUCAGGACAUCUGGUCACCCUAAGGUAGUUGCAUGCGUUGUUGUGUGUUCCAAGGGGAAUUGUAUCCAUUUUGUCCCUGUCAGCUGGAAGUUGAUGGCUGUGGCACAGGAGACUUUUGAUAGUGGGGAGCCACAAAGCAAAAGGAACCGGGGCAACUCCUCAGUCUUCUGGUGUCCAGUGGUCUCAGCUAGCAAUGGGGAGGCUUUCUGGAAGGAAGGGAGCGGGUUUGAGGAACAAUCAACUCUCCCCAGCUAAAUAUCUCCACAUUGGCAGCUUUCAGGCUGGCUGCUUAGCCCCAGCCGAUCGGUAGAGAAGCAGUGAAACUGGGAAUGUAUCCAGGUGACCCUAGGCUGUGGCUUGUUUAGCAAAAGUUCAGACUUUCAUGGCUUGGAUCACGUCAAGGGAGUUCAUCCUCUUGGAUGUCAGUGCUCAAAGUCAUUGUGUUUAUGCCAAUGGUGCAUUUCAAUGAGGCUGCAGUAGGAUUUCUGGAGUCAGUGCCCUGCUUUGCUGUGCCAGAGGCCUCAGGUUCAGUGCACUGGGGUGGGGAGGACCACGCAGGUAUGAUGCACUCUGCUCCUACGGGGGAGGUACCGCUUGGCAUCAUUCAAUAAACGACUCCUCUGACCGGCUAUGCAGUAGCACUGAGGGGUCCUGAAAGGGGGCUGGUUUAACCCUUCUGGGCUGGAUGGAUUGAGGGCUUCAAGGUCAGAGUAUAUAAAGGGGCUGGGGUAGGGGAGAUUACAAAUGAGGAGAGACCUAAAAGGCUCUGAUGGGGGAUGCAGAGGCUGGCAAAAGGGAAAAUACCGAAUGACUAUGGACCAGACUGUAUUCAGAUACUGCGACCACAGGUA